AUGGAGAAUAAACAGUUGAACGACACCAAUUCCGUUGAUGUGCCAGACGCAGAUAUAGAAGCCGCAGAAUUUCUGAGAGAUGCGCGAGAAUCAAUUUUGAAUGAACUCAAGAAACGAAUUGUUGGUCAACAAGCGGUUAUUGAUGAAUUGUUGAUUGCGCUUUUUUCGCAAGGACACUGCUUACUCGUAGGAGUACCGGGGCUGGCAAAGACCCUACUCAUCAACAGUUUGGCUCAAAUUUUAGACCUUCAUUUCAGUCGUAUCCAAUUCACACCGGAUCUGAUGCCUUCGGACAUCAUCGGCACUGACAUCAUUCAGGAUGAUGUGGAAACCGGUAGGCGAUUCUUUCGCUUUAUCAAGGGCCCCGUUUUUGCCAAUAUCGUGCUAGCGGACGAGAUUAAUCGUACGCCACCCAAAACGCAAGCGGCACUGUUGCAAGCCAUGCAGGAGUACAAAGUUUCCGCGGGUGGCACAACCUAUGAACUCGACCGCCCCUUUUUUGUUUUAGCAACGCAAAAUCCAAUUGAACAGGAAGGAACAUAUCCGCUGCCUGAGGCGCAACUGGAUCGGUUCAUGUUCAACAUCUACCUUGACUAUCCCGAUCCCGCCGAUGAAAAACAGAUCGUUAUGACAACAACCUCCGCAUACGAACCACAGUUAGAUGCUGUCAUCACAAGCGAAGAGAUUCUGCGUCUGCAGCAGCUUGUCCGGAAGGUCCCAAUCGCGGAAUCAAUCGUUGAUUACGCGGUUGCAUUAAGUCAUCGCUCGCGUCCAAAUGCGCCGGACGCACCAGAUUUUAUCAAGGAUUGGGUCAAUUGGGGCGCAGGUCCCAGAGCCUCGCAAUAUCUUGUGCUAGGAGCGAAAGCAAGGGCUAUUACGCAUGGUCGCUAUCAUGUUUCUUAUGACGACAUACGCGCCGUUGCGAAACCGGUGCUGCGACACCGCAUUCUCACGAAUUUCAACGCCGAAGCUGACGGGAUAUCAAGCCUUGAUAUCAUUGAUCGAUUGCUAGAAUUGGUACAGCCUUCCGAAACCUAG